UAUCUUUGCAGGAAACGGUGAAGCAUUUCUAUGAGCCCGCCUUAUUAAUUUUCGUGGAAUUUUUUGUUCGAGGCUCUGCAAAAAGAGGUGCUUCGAGGGUGAAAAAUGGAGGCGGAUUCCAGUUCAGAUUUUCAAGAACCGGCCAAUAAAAUUCCGCAAAUUGAUCCGGAAACGAAGCAUUUGGAAGAGCAGCAGAAUCCAGAUGCAGGUCACUUUAAUCUCUCCGAUGCUGCAAAUAUUUUAGCGAGCCUCAUGGAAUGUUCGCCAAUUUCCAAUCUCCUCACGAAAGAAGAAGAAUCUGCAAACCACAACCAUCUACAGGUUAAACAAGCCGAAAAGUCGGAAGGGAGCGAAAUUCUGCCGGAACUUGAGGACGAGAAACCUGUUGUGGAAGAACCUCUGGAAGAAAAUCAGCCCUUGUCAACUCGGUUGAAAUCGGGGACAGAAAUUGACGUAAAUGGGGCGAAAGGACGAGCUUUCGACGUCCUUUUGCAGGUUCAGGAUCUCAGAGUUCAGGAUAUUCCUUCAAGAUAUAAAGAAAAAUCGUGGAUUUUGGAACAAGAGGAAAAGCAUUCGGUGACGGAGAUUGAGUGGGUUGAAAAUCCGUUUCAACUCACUCAUUACUGCUUUAAACGGCCAGUGAUUGUUGGACGAGUGGAAAGAAUGACUGAAGUCCUUUACAUGUGCUCCAUAUGCAAACGAACGUUUCAAGCGAGGCACAAGAUUUGUAAACACCUGCUGCUGCACACACGCAGUUUCGUUUUGUCGUGCGACAUUUGCGACGAGGAUUUUGCGGAUAUGACUUCAUUGAUGAAUCACCUCAAGAGACACGAGUUGAGAGCCGAGAAGCCCAGGGAUGAAGUUUACUUCUUGUGUGACAAGUGUCCCAGAAAGUUCCUCAAGACAACCGGCCUUUUUGCGCACAAGGAAGUCACUCAUCAGAAAGACUCGAAGCUUCCUGCUUGUCGGUGGUGCGACAGACCAUUUCCUAAUCGCGACGAACUCGUGGCGCACUUGAAAGCGCACAAAGAACCUAAAGAGCCGCUGUUCUUCUGCAUCAUAUGCAACAGAGAAUUUGUAAAACGGAUUGACAAGUACAAUCACGAGUUUUUGUGUAUGCGGGGAUUGCCUGGUACUUUGUGCGACAUUUGUGACAGACGAUUCCCUGCUUUGAGAGACCUGAGGGAGCACGAAGAACGUGAUCACGGAGUAAACAUGGGGCUCAAGUUGAGCGUGACAGUCUUGGCCUCGCUGUCGUUCGCCGUGGAUUCCACCGACGCCGAGUUUUCCAAGGACAUCUUGGGUCUGAACCCGGGAAAAUGCGAGGAGAUCACGAUCCCCAUGUGCCGCGGAAUCAAGUACAACCUGACUCGAAUGCCCAACGCUUUCAACCACGAAACCCAAAACGAGGCCGCCAUGGAAGUGCAGCAGUUUUGGCCCCUGGUCUCCCUGGUCAAGUGUUCCAGCGACCUGCAAUUCUUUCUCUGCUCCAUUUACACUCCGAUCUGCAUGGAAGACUAUGACCACAGUCUGCCUGCGUGCAGGUCAGUGUGUCUGCGCGCAAAAGCUGGCUGCGCUCCGUUGAUGAAGAAAUACGGGUUUGUUUGGCCCGAACGAAUGAACUGCGACUCUCUGCCGAAUUUCGGCGACCCCAAGAACCUUUGCAUGGACUAUGAAAAUGGAACUUUGCCGGUGUCUUCGUCGUCAUCCGCGUCGUCGAAUAAUGUCGUUGCCGCCGCCGGCGCCGCUGUGCCCACUCUCGUGCCGUCUGUCAAGGACGCCGCCGGAACAGGAGUGGUGAUGCCGUUGCCGCCACCACAGCCGCUGCCGCCGUCGUCAACGGGAGGAGGAGGAGGAAACGAGGAGGAAUGUAGCAGUUGUCAGUGUCGACCGCCGUUUGUGAAACUGCGACGGAACUCGGGAGUGGCGGUUGUGGCUGGCGUCGUGGACUGUGGACUCCCGUGCAAUGGCUCUGCGUUGUUUACCAGAGACGAGCUGGCCUUUGCCGAUGCCUGGAUCCCGUUUUGGGCGUUGCUGUGCGGCGUGUCGUGUCUGGUGACGGUGACGACUUUUGCCAUUGACCCGGACCGGUUCCGGUAUCCGGAACGCGCGACGAUCGUGCUUAGCGGCUGCUAUUUGAUGGUGAGCGCGGGCUACGUGUUGCGACUGGCCCUGGGCAAGGAAGAGGUGGCCUGUGUAGGCGGGGCAGUUCGUGGCGGUGCAUCUGCAUCGGGCCACGCUCACUGCGCCGUCGUCUUCGUCCUCGUCUACUUUUUCACCAUGGCUGCAGCCGUCUGGUGGGUCGUGUUGUCCGUCACCUGGUUCCUCGCUGCUGGCCUCAAGUGGGGCACGGAGGCCAUCUCGGCCUGCUCUGCGUAUUUCCACGUGUGUGCCUGGCUCGUGCCGGGUUGCCAAACCGUCGUGGCCCUGUUUGUGGACGCUGUUGAAGGAGACGGCGUUUCCGGGCUGUGCGUCGUGAGUGCAGCCUGGGUCCGGUAUCUGGUCGUGGUGCCUCUGGCGGUGUAUUUAUCGCUCGGCAUGGCGUUUUUGUUGGCUGGCAGUGUGGCGCUGUGGCGGAUCCGGAGGGUGAUUCUUCGCUCGGGUGACGCGGCCGUGAAGGCGUGCAAGUUGGAGACGCUGAUGGUUCGGGUGGGCGUGUUUGGCGUCUUGUACUUUGUUCCGGCGGCCGUGAUGCUGACUUGCUGGGGCUACGAGCUGGGCGGCUGGGACACGUGGGUGCGGGCCAAGGCCUGCUCUUGUGGCGGACCUGGCGGUGGUGGUGGUACGGGUCCAAGUUUUGCCGUGAUCAUGUGUCGGCAUUUCAUGACUGUAGCUGUGGGGAUCUCGUCGGGAGUCUGGGUUUGGUCGGGUAAGACGGUGGCGUCUUGGCGGCGGUUCUACGGGGCGUUGUGCGGGCGCGGAAGCGUCGCCAAGGCGCCCAGCGUAGUGAAACAGGCGCCUAUGUCGCAUCAAGAUCCAGGAAAACGGAAUCAAUUGAUCGCGAUUACAAAUGAGGUGAAAUUUGACCCGACGAUGGAAGAAAGCGAGGGUUUGUUGUGUUUUUGUUCCAUGCAUUGCCCCGAUGGCAGCUUCAAUGGAACGUGUCGCGCAAGGCCCAACAGCGUGUGUUUUGCAGCAGUGGAACAAGUCUACAACGAAGACUCUGGCACUUAUGAACCCGAAUAUUCCUACGGAUGUCUUCCUCCUGACGAAACUGGACUCAUGCAGUGUCGUGGAAAUUUGGUGCCGCAUUUGGUGCCACAGUCGAUCGAGUGCUGCAAAUCUGGCGACAUGUGCAACCAGUUUCUGACGCCUGCUUACGACGCCUCUGACGACAUGCCUGUGGUGUCGUGGAUCCGCGGCCACGAAGCCGUCGUUUAUGCCAUUCUCGCCUUGACCACCUUCCUUGUUCUUGCCGUCGUCGCCUUGAUUUUCUCAAAGGUUGCUAAGAAGAAUAGGAAAAGAGGAAUUCCUGGGACGUUGAAUGAGCCAUUUUUGAUCGGAGGCCAAUCCGGAAAAAUCGUGAAAGCCGACCUGUUUGCAAGUGAUGUGGACGAGACUUCCGGAAGUGGUUCCGGAAUGGCAAAACUGGUUCAGCAAACUGUUUCCCGUCAGGUUCAGAAGGACAGAAUUAUCGGACAGGGUCGCUACGGAAAGGUGUGGUUGGGACAUUGGAGAGGUGAACCAGUGGCCCUGAAGAUGUUCAAUACGACGGAAGAAGCUUCUUGGAGACGAGAGAAUGAAAUUUACGAAACCCCGCUGAUCCGUCACGAAAAUGUCCUGGGUUUCAUUGCGUCUGACAUCAGAGGAGACGGAUCCUGGACGCAAAUGAUCCUCAUUACUGAAUACCAUCCGAGGGGAUCUUUGUACGAUUAUUUGCAAGAAAACACAAUCACGGUUCGCCAGGCGGUUGUGAUGGGCCACAGCAUCGCAGCUGGACUGACCCACCUGCACACUGAAAUCAUUGGAACUAGAAGUAAGCCUGCAAUAGCCCACCGAGACCUCAAAUCGAGAAACAUCUUGGUGAAACGUAACGGGAUCUGUUGCAUUGCGGACUUCGGUCUGGCGGUGAAGUACGACAGCGAGAAGAACGAGGUGGACAUUCCCAUCAACGCAAGAGUCGGCACGAGGCGCUACAUGGCGCCCGAAUUGCUGACAGAUUCUCUGAACAGCAACCAGUUUCCAGCGUUUGUCAUGGCGGACAUUUAUGCACUUGGGCUCGUGUUGUGGGAAUUGUGUCGGCGAUGCUUGACUGGUCAGGAUUCUCAGGUUGAAGAGUACCAACCCCCGUACUUUGAAUACACUCAAUCUGAUCCUUCGAUUGAGGAAAUGUUGGAUGUGGUUUGCGUGAAGCAGAUUCGCCCGUCGAUUUCUCCUCGCUGGAAUGGCGAUAAGCUGCUCAUGGCGAUGUCGCAAAUCACGCAAGAAUGCUGGAAAGAGAACCCAUUUGCCCGCCUGACUGCGCUGAGAAUAAAAAAAACUUUGGCGAAACUGAAGGAAGUUGAUCCGGCUAUGUCGCGAUUUGACGAGGCUGCUGAAGACAUUGACAUGAAGCGAUUGCGAGAAAAGCUGCAGCGUGAAUCUGAGGAGAACAUUCGUUCUGCCCACCAUCGACACAUUGACAACGACUCUGGGGUUCGUUUGGUAUAAAUAAGAGGCGAAAAGAAAAAAAGGAAAGAAAUCUGGAUUGAGAGAUGUACAGAGGAAUAAGGAAACGGAGGCCUUUCUUCUCGUAAUUGCUGAAAAUUCCCUCUUUUUUGUCUCUUCCUAUGUGCUGAACUCCACUUUACAGAGCAGUUGCUCAUAUCCGAGUACUGUAUUUCACUUGGGAUAAAAUGCUUUCAUCUUUUUUAAUUCACCGAAAGAGAGAAAGAAAAAUUUGAGAAUUGACGGUGGCUUUGAAGUAUUGUGUCUAUGUGCCAAACUAACCCGCGUUUCGCUAACUGGACGAAGUUUUGCUUUUUUUUUGUGCAAAAAAAUGUGAGCAACUAUGUGUCGAAAUAAGGCUUGUGUUCGAAUUGCUACUGAGAACGUUUUUAUGUCCUUGAUUUUUCGAGCUUGUGUAGAAAAAGCAGGAAUGUGCUUUUUUUUAUUCUAGUGGCAUUUUGUAAGUUACUUUUCUUUUGUUGUAGCAAAACUUGCUGACUCUUGUGCCAUUUUCAGUUUCAAAACGACGAGUUGAUUUCUCCUAAAUGACUUCACAACACGAAUGUUGAAAUCGGUGUACAAUGUUUUAUGUUGUGUGAAGUCUCGAUUGUCCCUUCAAGAAAAUUGUUUUUUCUUUCUUUAAAAAAUCGAGUAAAUCUUCUGAUCAUUGGAAAAAAGAACGUUGCAUUGAUUGAAAAACCUGCUGUUGGGUGAAGGGGAAAGAAGUAACUGGGUUGUGGAAUAGUCUUCCAUUACCGCCUUGCUCACAAAUUGAAAACGACUGGGAGGACCUGAGUUUUGUUUAUUUUUUCUGCGAGAAGUGACAAUGAAAAAUCCGAAGCAA